CGCUGUGUUCAGAGGAAAAACAAACAGACGACAUUUAAUAACGCUGUAAAGUUGAUGAUUGAGCCGUUUGGCGGAUUCUACAAAUCAGAGAUGUCUCCAUCCCUUCGGACGGUGGCACGGUUUCGCCUCCCGGGUUGAACAGAACCGCACCAUGUCGCGUCCGUUCGUCGGGUUUCUGUGUUUGUGGCUGUGCAGCGAGGCCGUCGGGAGGCAGCUCCUCUGGCGCAAAACAAAGGCGACUUUCAGCCCUCAUUAUGAAUCCACCGCCGCCGACAGGAAUGCGCACAGCCGGAGAUGGCGCACUGUCCGUGCGGAGGAGGACGGGGGGGCGCACGGGGCGAGCGUCCGGGCCUCGUGGUCGGAUGCGGUGAAGGAGUCGCACCCUGAGCCGCUGGAGACGGAGCUGCGCCGGCGCGCUGCGCGUAAAAGCGCUGCGCAACGUGGCUGGCACCACGAGGACGCUUUACGCACGGACCUAAAGACGUUUGCGGAGCCCGGGGGGCGCGGAUGCAGGUUCGGAGCAGUGCUCACACAAACCGAGCAUGGGCCCAUCUGCGUCCCCGUCAGAACCGGACACAACCGUAAGCGACGCAGCACAAAACUCAGGCGGACGACGUGGGGCGAGUCUCGGCAGAGCGGAGCCGCGUGGGAGUCCGUGCCGGCGGCCGUGGCACUGGAGCAGGAGGCCGGACUCAACGCCAGCAGCGACGACGACGACGACGACUAUCCGCCGGAGACCGACACCACGCCGUUGUUCCCGGUGGACACGCGGCCCCGGCGGAAACACGUGCCGAACCCGUUCUACCCGGUCACGGCGGACUCGUACGCCGCGUACGCGGUCCUGCUCGUGGCCGUCGUCAUCUUCAGCGUGGGGAUCGUGGGGAACGUGUCCGUCAUGUGCAUCGUGUGUCACAACUACUACAUGCGGAGCGUCUCCAACUCGCUGCUCGCCAACCUCGCGCUCUGGGACUUCGCCGUCGUCUUCUUCUGCCUCCCGCUCGUGGUGUUUCACGAGCUCUCCAAGACCUGGCUGCUGGGGGAGUUCUCGUGCAGGAUCGUCCCGUACCUGGAGGUGGCGUCCCUCGGGGUCACGACCUUCACGCUCUGCGCCCUGUGCAUCGACCGCUUCCGCGCCGCCACCAACGUGCAGCUCUACUACGAGAUGAUGGAGAACUGGGCGUCCACGGCGGCCAAGCUGGCCGUGAUCUGGGUGGGCGCCCUGCUGCUGGCGCUGCCCGAGCUGCUGAUCCGGCAGCUGGACGCGGCGCCGGCCGACCCGGCGCCGGGCGACCCGCCGGGCCAGCGCUGCGUGGUGCGCGUCUCCCCCGCGCUGCCGGACUCGCUGUACGUGCUGGGCCUGACCUACCGCGGCGCGCGCCUCUGGUGGUUCUUCGGCUGCUACUUCUGCCUGCCCACGCUCUUCACCAUCUGCAGCUCGCUCGCCACCGCGCGCCGCAUCCGCCGCGCCGAGCGGGCCUGCGUCCGCGGCGGCAAGAAGCAGAUCCGGCUGGAGAGCCAGAUGAACUGCGCCGUGGUGGCGCUGGCCAUCGUCUACGGCUUCUGCACCAUCCCGGAGAACGUGUGCAACAUCGUGACGGCGUACAUGGCGGCCGGGCUUCCCCGCAGAACCCUGGACGUCCUGGAGCUGGUGGCGCAGCUGCUGCUGUUCUGUAAGUCGGCGGUGACGCCGGUGCUGCUGUUCUGCCUGUGCCAGCCGUUCACCCGGGCCUUCCUGGACUGCUGCUGCUGCUGCUGCGACGAGUGCGGCCCGGCCCGCGGCCCGACCGGCGCCGGUGCCGACGGCGGCGACGACGACUGCACCACCACCGAACUGGAGCUGUCGCCGUUCGGCACCGUCCGCAGGGAGGCGUCCACGUCGGCCGCCGGCGCCGCCGCGGGGACGCACUGCUGAGGUCAAAGGUCAGCGGCAGCCAAGCUCGUCCUGUGGGGAUCAGGAGCCGACGGGGACGCGUCAUGUUUAUUGUUUUAUGGGCGCUGAUGAUUGUCUGCACCUCUUCACGUUCCUCUAAAGAUCACUUUUAGUUAGUGAUGAAGUUAUGAACAGCUGUUCAAUGGAUUCAUUCAAAUAUUUGGGUUUUUGAAACAUGACCAUGUUGAAUGAUACAGUUUGAAGUCCCACGUUUGAAUCAGCUGUUGGAUUUGCAGCGCUGCAUCACAUCCAGUUACACUGACUUUCACAGAAGCGUUCAAGGACAUUUAAAAACACCAGAGGCCGAGUGAUUAUUGGUUGAGCUGCAGCUGCUGUCGCUGUGUUUUGGUUCAAGGCCGUUUCCUCUGUCACUGAGUUACACACUGUUGGUGGCUGUUGUGCAGCUGCCGUUCCUGUGAAUAAGUUCUAGUGUUCACCGAGUUCCUCCGUAGCCACGAGAAAAUGUCACUUUAUGUAAAACUAUUUUAAAACGGGAUUUUUAGUGAUUUUUCUGAAGCAAUAGGCAGAAACACACCAGAGCUGUCAUUUGAAUAAAUAAAUGAAUUUCC